UUAUGAAGAAAAUCACCUCUGUGCCACAACCCAUUCUCGAUUCACUUACCAGUCCUCCAAAUCCCUAAUCUUCCUCUCCAAACCGCAGCCCACUUUUUUGUCCAGAAUCACUCCCAUCUCUUCACUGAGGCUGCUUCUAUGUCUUCUCUCUCCACCGUCGCUGCAGCUAUGUAAUGUCUCUCCAGCGAGGCUGCAACCUGUGACCUCAUCGCCGAUCUGAUCCCCUCCGGUAUUAUGCGCCUCUCUCCGUCGCUGUUGUGCUCUCUGCUCACCCAGUCUCGGUCGCUUCCUCUGUACUCUCUCUCGCCGUCGGGUAGUGAGCUGGUCAUUCAUGGCUCUCCCCUCCAAACUUCCUCGUCAGUUCAUCCUCGUUAGGACUUUUGUGAAUGCAAAGGUCAAAUGGGUUCGGGACUUGUAUCUUGAUAAUGCAAUCCUUAAAGAGAAAGAUCUUAAACAGGUCGUUUCCUUCAAGAAUGAAAUAGUUUCAUCUACUUCCAAAUCCCUCUCCUUAUACAAUGCUUCUCUGUUGAAAGAUCCCCUUAACCUUUCCAUGACAACCACCAAAUUUAUAGACAAGUAUCAUUGUAUUUUCAUGCAAUUCCAACCAGAUCGUGGCUUCCCUCCACAUGUUAAGCUCACACCUCAUGCUUUAUGCCUACACAAAGAAGAAAUGGAUAUCCACAAUUGUCCCAUUAACCGUGUAGACAUUGUUCAUAGGAUUGCAAGGCUUCUGAUGCUUGCUGGUAUGGGAAAAUUGCCACUUUAUGUAAUUGAUAAGCUAAAAUGGGAUUUGGGUCUUCCUCAUGAUUAUGUUAAGACUCUUUUGGCCGAUUACCCUGAUUAUUUUGAUGUUUGUAACAUCGAAGAUCCAUCAUCCGGAAAAGAAAUGCUUGCUUUAGAGCUUGUUUCUUGGAGAAAAGAGCUCUCUGUCUCCGACUUGGAGAAGAGGGCAAUGAGCUUGGACUAUUGUGGAGACAAAAGAAGACAUGAUAUUUCAUUUCCCAUGUUUUAUCCAAAAGGUUUUGAUCUUGAAAAGAGAGUGAAGAGUUGGGUUGAGAAUUGGCAAAAAUUACCUUAUAUUUCCCCAUAUGAAGAUGCAUUUCAUCUUGAUCUAAGUAGUGACCUGGCAGAGAAGUGGAUAGUGGCAAUUUUGCAUGAGUUGCUCUGUCUUCUAGUGUCAAAGAAGACAGAGCGAGGGAACUUACUUUGUUAUGGAGAGUGUUUGGGGUUGGACUCAAGAUUUAAGAAGGCUUUGGUUCAUCACCCUGGCAUAUUUUACAUUUCCAAUAAGAUUAGGACUCAGACAGUUGUGCUUAGGGAAGCUUAUAGAAAGGAUGUCUUGAUUAGAAAGCAUCCAUUAAUGGGUAUGAGAUUUAGGUACAUUCACCUCAUGACUAAGACUCAGAAACAUCAUAGACAAGUUGAGUUGAAGGAUAAUUCACAGAUUGAAGCUUAGCUAUUGAAUCUAAAGUAGUCAUUGAUUGCAAUUUGCAAAUUUGCACUUCACUUGGCUGUAGCAGGAAAGUUAAAUGUAGUUGGUGUAAGGAUUGGCUGAUUUUGUAUCCUAUGAUUAUUGCAAUUAAGUUUCUUGGCAAUUUAAGGCCUUCCUUUCAACACCCCCAUCAAGUACGAAUAUAAAAGAUGUGUUCCUAUGAAAGAUGUUGCUUUCAACUUUGAGUUCAGUUGUAUAAACUUUAUGUUCUUAAUAUUUAUACAUUUUUCUAAAUAUGUAAAUCUUGCAAUUUUGCAUUAGUUGACACUAAUUCUACACUAGUCACAAACUUGUAAUGAACAGCAAGUUGGGUAGGGUAUCAAAUGCUCAUGGAACAUAUGGUAACUUUCUUUGCAGUU